ACGCUUUCGCUGCCUGGACGCCGAGGCGACACCGUGAACGACACACAAUCCAGCUCUGGGAUCCUCUUCGUACGCGACCACUCCGCUUUUUCGGCCAACUCGGUCUCCUCUCUCGUGGAUCAUAGCCUGGUGCCGGAUCGACCAGCGCAAGUGCUUGGCCCGGAUCUGGGCUGGAGAAAUAAGGGGAAUUAACGAGGAAGGAAUAGUUUCGAGUGACGAAGCAGGAUUCGAGAAGAAGAGAACUGGAGAAACACACGUUGACACGGCAGAGCAUUCGAGGUGUUGAAGAGUUGAAGACGUGUUUGAAUUUGACGUGUCAAUGCAAUGCGAGGGAUCUAUCUAUGAUUAAGGAGUUGACAAUUUGGAGAAAUUUGUGAUGAAAGUUGUUUGAGGUGUUCGAAAGAGUUGUUGGGAUUUGAUCGUUGUGGAGUUUUGUCGAUAAAGGAGGCUGGCUAAUUGGAAUUCGUCAUGUGAACGAUCGAGAGUUUUUUUUUUCUAGAUUUAAAAGUGACUUGAACAUGUUUGAAGAAGUAUCGAUAGGUUUGGGCAGGAAAGAGUAACACCGGUGCACUACUAAUGGAUCCUUGCCUUUUACGUUGAUCAACCGAGAUUCAAUUCUACUGUUUCGAACGUAAAAAGGGGAACAAUCUUCCUUUAACAAUAUAAACUGUCUGCCAUGAGUACUUGCCUCAAAGUUAAAGAAUCCCGUCAAUCAAAUCUUGGACGAAACGUUCUCGAGAUUUCUCACGAAAAUUUACAAUGACUAUUAGAAAGAAAACCGUGUGUUAAUCGAACGAAACGCAAUCAACGAUUGGACCAGUGUUUCUGAAUCCAAAGCAAAAGGUAAACUGGUACAAAACUGAUGUUUUCAAAGUGUGACUAUUGAAUGAUCGAUAUUCAGAAGAGGAGGGGAAAAAAGCUGGUGCAAGUGUUGCAAAGGAGGGCGCAUAGAGUAAAGAUCUUUGUUGUGUUCAGUGAUCGAGGAGGAACAACUGUAAACGAAGUUUGAGGGAGGAAGAGGAUCCACGUUUUAGAUCGUGGAUCUUGCGAUCUUGCAGGAGGAGAAAGGUUCAGGGGGUCGAAGGUGAUCCGCGAGAGUGCGGAGGAAAUCGAGAAAGUGUUGUUCAGCCACGAGUCCAGGAUUCUCACCCCCGGAGGCGGUACCAUUUCGCCCGGGGGCGCGGGGCCGCCCGCGAGCCCUUCUUCGGGACACUACCAUCCACCCACGCAUAGUCCACCUUUGGUCAAGAUUGGAUCGGUUCACACUCACCAGGCGAACAACAACCAUCACCACACGCACCAGCAUCAACAGCAACAACAGCAACAACAGCAGCAACAGCAGCAACAGCAACAGCAGUCGAGCCAGCCGCAGGUGCCGGGGGCAGGAGGGGGUGGAGGGCCGGGGGGUGGGACGGUGGCCAGGCCUGGCGGCAUGUUCUGCUACCACUGCCCCCCGGGUCUUCCAACGCCACGGUUACCACCCACCCUCGAGUACCCAUUCGCCGCCACUCACCCCUAUACCAGUUACUCGGCUUAUCAUCCGGCUUUGCACGGAGUCGGGGAGGAUUCCUUCGUGAGGCGAAAGCAAAGGAGGAACAGGACCACGUUCACUCUUCAGCAACUGGAAGAAUUGGAGUCAGCGUUUGCGCAGACACAUUAUCCGGAUGUCUUCACGAGGGAGGAUCUGGCGAUGAAGAUUAACCUCACCGAGGCCAGGGUUCAGGUGUGGUUUCAAAAUCGUAGAGCGAAGUGGAGGAAAAGCGAACGUUUGAAGGAGGAACAGAGGAAGAGAGAGGGUAAUGGAGGGGGUGGCGCGUUGGAAACGACAGGCCUCGCACCCCCAACCUCCUCAUCGGCAGGACCCAGUCCCACAGGACAUGAUCCUGAAGGAACGACAAGCAGCAGCGCCCCCGACGCGGAGGACGCCGGUCCAGAUGGAGCUGGGGGGUCGAGGAGCCCCAGCACCACUUCCGCCUCGGUCAGCCCGCGGCCCCAGCAGAGUCAGCCGUCCCUGGGUGGCGUCUCGACGCCACCUCCAACCCCCAUAAGGGCGCCACCGCCGCCACCCAGCACCGUGGGGGGUCUUGGCCCACCCGGCGAGAGCACACCGGGUUUGGCGGCGGGUUUCAGGCCGGUCGAGCCGCCCACGUCGCUCUUCUUCUCGCCGCACUUGGCGGCGCAAUUCUCGCCCCCGUUGUUCGGCAACAAGGUGGUCAGCAGCGCGCCAACGUCCCUCACCUCGACGACGCCAUCCCUGUGGACAUCGAGCGAUCACCGGCCUGGAAGCUUGCAGGACAUGCUGUCCUGGUCGCCGGCAGGUUGGCCGGGUUCCCUCUGCGGGUGUUGCAAGCCCGGGACCGGUGAUCUUCACAGGAACAGCAGCCUGGCCGAGCUGAGGAGGAAGGCCCAGGAACACUCGACCGCCUCCGCCCUUCUCGGUGGGCUGGCAGGUUUCCCAGGUGGUCUGCCGUUGCCCUUGCCCCUACCGUUGCUCCCACCUCUGCUUGGACUGUCCAGGAGGCCGGAACACCAUCAUCAUCACUUGCCAAGCAUGGUUCACCAGAUACAACCGAGCACGAAGGAGGAUCCCUAGGAUCUUGUGCGGUCUGACGAGCUCGAUAUCGUCGCCCCUUGACAUCGGCCAUGCUCUCGAGACGGUGGUUCAUGUUUCCUCCUUGUUCUCUCCCUUUUGUCCAGGGAUGGGGAUGAUGAUGAUGAUGAUGAUAACGUUACAACAGUCAGAUUAUUGUUGACGAUUUUCGAGGGUGGUCGGGCGAGUUCGCAGGUUUUCUUCCAAGUUUCGAGUUUAUCCCUGAACCUCUUUGCGCUGCUUCCCCUUUGAUUUUGUUUAAGAAUGACAAUAUUGAGGAAACGGUUGGAUCUUUGACUUGGAACUCGGUUGGAACGGUUUCGAAGAAUGGUUUUUGAAGAUGAGUUUUUUUAAGUUAAUUGAAAACGAAGGAUCAUUAUUGAUUUUGGGAAUGAUCUAAUUUCUAAUCGAAGGACAAUUUACUCUGGGUUGGUAAGUUUCAAACAAGUUUUAUUAUCUUUUUUUUUUCGGAUUAUUGUAAUUGUUGUAUACAAUUAGAGGUGUUUAAAGAAUAUUAAUAAAUCAUAUGGAGAAAAGGAAAAUAGAUAGUAGUACAGGAUGUUACUGGAAGAGAAUGUAAAAUUGAAAAUGCAAUAUUGAAAUGUGCCUCCCCUUUAAUUAGAUUUUUAAUAGAUUGACAAUUGAAUGAAAUUUAAAUAUGAAAGUUUAUGUGUAUAUAUAUAUAUAAUGUGUGCGUGGGUGUAUAUACGUGUUUCAUUUGUUGUUUUCAAACUGUAUCUUUUAAACUAUCAUUUGUAUAUAUUAUUUUAACUUGAGAUUCUAGUUUUGAGAUUUUAUUUUUUGUUGAAGGUAAAGGUAAAAUAUUUUCUAACCGUGCCAGAAAUAUUGCAAUUCUUAAACGCUAUAAUAGUUUUUUUUUUUUUUAAAGAAAAAUCAUUCGCUUUUUCCGCUUUUAUUUCACGAAUAAACUUUUUCCUCUUCCUUUUCCAAUCGAAAGGGAAUCAUUUUUUUCUUUCGAAAACUGCUCACCGUUCAAUUAAAAGUUAGAAUCAAAUAACGAAACCAAUUUUGAGAAAUUACAAAUAAUCUAUUUCCACUACGAUUCGCCAAUAACAGCUCGAUGAUGAAAGUACAAUAAAAACUUUUAAAACCUUUUCAAGCCUCGAAUCUUGUUCCGUUAUCGAAUAAAUAUAUAUAUAUAUAAAGAUACAAAUCCAAUGACGCAAUAAAUCUAAAAUUUACGUUCAAGAUGAAAAAUCUAACUUGCAAACUUGUUUCAGAUUGAUUCUUUUUUAAAUAAGAUCAUCCUUUUAUCAACUUGUUAUAAAUUGAAAAAAGAAUAUUUUCCAAAUCUUUUUUCGCACCAUCGAUCGAAAAAAUGAAUUAAAUUAAUUUUGAAAAUUUCCAAAUUUCCUUUCUCAUUCAACUCUUCCUUUCCUUUCCUUCCCCCUCUCCCCCCUCACGUGAAUGGAUAUAUAUUUGCCUUAACGAAAAAAACCAAUGAAAGUCUAUCAAUUCAACGAAUAUCGAGAAAUAGAAUUCGAAUUCUGAAAUCUGUAAAUAAUUCACGGAAUAAAAGAUCGCAGUGGAUUGUUAUAUAAUACGAAAAUAAAAGGUAAUGAAACGUGUACGAGAGAUCGAGAUCUACGUUAGAGCAAACUACAAUAUCGCUUCUCUGGAUUCACGAAAAGUUAAGCAUCAUAAAGGACCAACACGUGCCUGAUGCGCCCCAAUGCUUAAUUGCCCGACACAAGCACAAAUUGGAUAUUUUUAGGAACACGUUCGCGUAUCCUAAAGACAACCCGGCCAGAAUUUAGAUAAUUUUUAACUUUUAUUUAUAUUGCCCGAGGGUAAAACGGAUAUCCGUAUUUCCACGAUUUGAAAACUUUGUUACGAAUAUUUAUUGUAUAAUUAAAAAAGAUUUUAUAAUUUUGCUACUUGGUGUGAUGAAAUAAUUCCAAAAAAAAAAAAUCUAACUCGAUUCCGACUCGUUAAAGUGAAAAAGAAAAAUAUAUAUAGAAUUAACUAACUCGAGGAAGAACAAAGUAUUUUUAUCGUGACUCAAAAAAAAAAAAAAAAAAAAGAAGAGGAAGAAGAAAUAAAAACGAUUCAAAUAGGGUACGGAUCCAAUAGCAAUGUUCGAUACACGAGAUAAUUUAUAUUACGUGAUAGGAUAAUUUCUAUUAUCACCCUUAAAUCGAGUCUAUGACAAUUUUCUUGAAUUAUAUGAUUACUCUAUCGCAUUAUUCAAAUAAUACGGAUAUCCGUAUUAUCCGAGUAACACGGAUAUCCGCUUUACUCGCGCGGCACAAGCACGCGCCCGUUGAGAUGAAUGUUUCUUCUAUCACUGGACGAGGGAAAAAAAGAAAAAGAAAAAGAAAAUGGAAGAAGAGAAAAGAAAAGGAGAGGAUACGAAAGGGAAAAUAAAAAAUAGAGAGGUGUAAAAACAAAUUACUGUCGCAUCGGAUAUUCGAAUGCGUGGAUCGCUCGUCACCCUUAGCGAUAACGGACAUCCCUCUGAGAAGGGAUGCUCGUUAUUACACGGUGUUAAUAUUUCAUCAGGAAAACUGCAAAAAGUUUUUCCUUAAUCCUUUUAGCAAAGAUAAAAUCUUUAAUCUCGCUAAUUAUCGUUUGGACUCGUAAAGGGGGGAUAAAGAUAUCGAGUGAUAGAAGGAAUGACAAAAUGCGAAACGGAGAAGAAUAUUGGAAGGGUUAAAUCUUUGCGUUGCAACUCUUUUCUUUUGAGAAAGAAAAUGAUCGAAUGCCAGUUCUAAUUUAACAAUUUUUGAAAAAAAAAAAAAAAAAUAAGGGUGUCGAGCAUCCUUAAGUUUAAGAAGAUAGACACGUAUUAAUCGACGAUUAAUCGUACAUGCCUUAAAAGAAAAAAAAAAUAAAUAAAUAAAUAAUAAUUUCCAACAGCGUGACGGAUAUAAUAAUUUUAGAGAAGCGAGGAGAGGAUAACUGUACCGUGCUACGAGUGUUAUCAAUCGUAAAGAGGAGGAGUGGCGAGAUAUAAAAUGUGAUUAUAUAAAUAAUAGUAUCUCUACGAUUUCGUGAUCAGAGAUCAACGAUCGUUCCGUUUGCGUUGCGAUUUUCGACCCGUUCGAAAUAUUUGUCCUUAUUGGAUUACGAGGGCGUGGUAUAACGAAUGAAAAAAAAGAAAAAAGAAAAAAAGAAAAAAAAAAGACACGUAGAUACUAGUAGAGACCUGUAUAUUAAAUCCCGGUGAAUUGUCAGUGCUAAUCAAGGAUAAUCUAAUAAACAAUAUGUUACAAACUAGCAACUAUUAUGUAGCCUGAAAUGUGGGUAGUGAAUUAUUCGAAUAAACUUGUUCUCUCGUGAU